AAAUAUAUUUAUAUUUAAAAUGAAAAGAUAUCAAAAGAUAUUAUGAUUAAAAUAUUUUAAAAAUUCUAUUUAUUAUUAGUUUAAAUUAAAAUGUAGUAUGAAUUUCUAUGAAUAGGUCCAUUAGGUCCAUUUUUAAAAUAAUCACACAUGAAUCAAGGUUGUGACUUCUGUUUUAAUAUAUAAGAUAUCUCAAGUCUCAAACACCAUAAACAGAAGAAGCCAUAUUUUAGAUAAUAGAUACUUUAAAAUCUUCUAAAGUUAAUUGAUAUCGUUCAAAUGAUACAUUUUUAGCUAACCCCUUUUUUUUUUUUAGCUAACCCCAUUUUAACCAUAGUAUUUUUAGUUUUAAACACAAAUUAAAGGUUUAGUAAUAUAUAGGGGUUGUGAGAUCGUAAUAAUACACACAAGAACCCUCAAUAUAAAGCCUUUACUUAGCACCUUAUCAGUUCAAAUGAUACAAGAUAUAAACGUUAAUCACACAAGUUACAACCACAAAGAAUAAAAAAUAUUUAAAAAAAUAAAAACAGUUCUUGAAACUUUGAAUCAAUGGAGGAAUCAAAAGCGCCUCACGUUGUGAUGAUACCGAGUCCUGGAAUGGGCCACCUCAUCCCAUUCGUCGAGUUAGCUAAACGACUCGUCCACAACCAUGGCUUCACCGUAACCUUCGUCGUGGUUGGCGAAGGUCCACCGUCAAAAGCUCAGAGAACCGUCCUCGACUCUCUCCCUUCUUCAAUCUCCUCCGUCUUUCUCCCUCCCACCGAUCUUACCGAUAUCCCGUCAACGGCUCGCAUUGCAACUCGCAUUUCUCUCACCGUGACCCGUUCGAACCCGGAGCUCCGUAAAGUCUUCAACUCUUUCACGGCGGAUGGUCGUUUGCCGACGGCGCUCAUCGUCGAUUUGUUUGGAACGGAUGCUUUCGACGUCGCCUCAGAGUUUCAAGUGUCACCGUAUCUUUUCUACCCAUCAACGGCCAACGUCUUGUCGUUUUUCCUAAAUUUGCCUAAACUUGACGAAACGGUGUCGUGUGAGUUUAGGGAAUUAACCGAACCGGUUAAGCUUCCUGGAUGUGUACCGGUCUUUGGUAAAGAUUUCCUCGAGACAGCUCAAGACCGGAAAAACGACGGAUACAAAUGGCUAUUACACAACACCAAGAGGUAUAAAGAAGCCAAAGGGAUUCUUGUGAAUACCUUCGACGAGCUAGAGCCAAAUGCUAUAAAGGCCUUGCAAGAACCUGGUCUUGAUAAACCACCUGUUUAUCCGGUUGGACCGUUGGUUAACAUUGGUAAGCGUGAGGGUGACCAGAGUGAAGAGUCUGAAUGCUUAAAGUGGUUGGACAACCAACCAUUCGGUUCGGUUUUGUAUGUGUCCUUCGGUAGUGGCGGUACACUCUCAUGUGAGCAGCUUAAUGAGCUUGCUCUUGGUCUUGCAGAUAGUAAGCAACGGUUUCUUUGGGUCAUACGAAGUCCGAGUGGGGUUGCUAAUUCUUCGUAUUUUGAUUCACAUAGCCAUACUGAUCCAUUAACAUUUUUACCAUCCGGAUAUUUAGCUCGCACCAAAGACAGAGGUUUCGUGAUCGCCUCUUGGGCUCCACAAGCCCAAAUUUUAGCCCAUUCAUCCACAGGAGGAUUUCUUACUCAUUGUGGAUGGAAUUCAACUAUGGAAAGUAUAGUAAAUGGUGUUCCACUUAUUGCAUGGCCAUUAUACGCUGAGCAAAAAAUGAAUGCGAUUUUGUUGACGGAAGAUAUCCAUGUGGCGCUUAGAGCCCGUGCAGGGGUUGAUGGGCUGGUGAUGAGAGAAGAGGUGGCUAGAGUGGUGAAGGGAUUAAUGGAAGGUGAAGAAGGUAAAGGAAUGAUGGAAGGUGAUGAAGGUAAAAGAGUGAGGAAUAAGAUGACAAAACUGAAGGAAGGAGCUUGUAGAGUGAUGAAGGAUGAUGGGUCAUUUACAAAGGCUCUUAGUCAGUUAGUCUUGUAAAUGAAAAGAGAGCUAGAGCAAAACGGUAAGCAUUCAAAUAAUCUUAUAUUUAUACUUUUAUUAAAAUAUGCAAGUGAUUUGCCUCUAGUUUCAGUCUUGAUUGUUUUUAUGAAUGUAUGUGUGUGUCAGUGUGUGUGUUUUUUUUGCGGUGGUCUUGUUAGUUGACAUAGACCCUAUCUUUAAACCACUUGUAAUAUCAGAACCCAGGAUGAGUUGCUCGGCGGUACCAUUACCGGCUGGGUAUAUGAUAAGUGUACAGUUUGUAAAUAUUAUUGUAUGUUCUCUUACCGCAAUAUAUAUAUAUACUCUUUUACGUUUCAAAGCAGACCAAACUGGUUUGUAACUUUAUCAGUAUUACAAUAUCUGUAGUAGUUGAUUCGAUUUUAUGUCGAUAUUAUUCUACUAUGUAACCAAAAUAUAAUUGAUUGGAAAAAAGAGGUAUGUAAUGAAAUAGUAUGAUUACGAAAAAAAUAUAUUAUUUUGUCA